AUGAGUCACCAAGAUGAUCCAGUAGUCAUAAGUGAGGAGUCUAAUCUAGUUGGUGGAGAUCAGACCAUUAAGAAGACUACUACGACGCUUUCAUUUUACCAUGAGUUAGAUCAUUGGCAAAAGGAUAAUCAUUAUAUAUUAUCAGGAUAUGUCAAAGAGACAAACUCAUAUAAGAAGUGUCUCGCAUCCUUAACUUAUAUACAUAAUGAAACAGUAAAUAUAUAUACGCAUCUAUUACCUUGUUCAUUGGUAUUAGCUGCUGUACUAUAUUACAUAGAGUAUUAUCUUCCGAUCUACCCUACCUAUAUAGGCUGGGAGAAAUUCAACUUUGCCCAGUUUGCAAUUGCAGUUACUGUUUGCUUCGGGGCGUCGGCAAGUUUUCACACCAUUAAAUCACAUUCUCAAAAGAUUUGCAAAUUUGGUAAUCAAUUGGAUUAUUUUGGAAUUAUCAUCUUGAUAACAUGUUCGUUAAUUUCGAUAGUUUUGUUUGCAUUUUAUGACGAUUCCUUUUAUUGGAAACAGAUAUUUAUAACAACAUUUUUAACAUUAGGAACAAUUUGCACAGUACUCACGUUAGAUCCCAGAUUUGCGACUCCUGAAUAUAGACCUUUAAGGUCACUAAUGUUUAUCAUUUUUGGUCUUUCUGGCUUGUUUCCGGUGGUUGUUGCAAUUAACAAAUAUGGUUAUCACGUCGCGGUCACUAGAUCCAAUGCCCACUGGUUGGUGGCAGAGGGAGGCUUUUACAUUACAGGUGCAGUGUUGUAUGCUAUGAGAGUUCCAGAACGAUUCGACUUUUCGGAUGGUGAAGGUAGACUGAAAGUCGGAAGAUUCGAUAUAUACUUCCAUUCACACCAAAUAUUUCAUGUUAUGGUAGUCAUAGCCGCCUUCUGCCAUUGGAAGGCACUAGUUGGAUGUUACAAGUACUUACAUGAGGUAAUAUUAAAUGAAAGUAGCUAUUAG